AGUGAAACCUUGGAGGGAAGAGCAAGGAGGAUGUACUGGUUGUCAGGAAAAUGUAGGCUACUAGUAGAAAAUGACAGCUCUAUUAGUAAGGUCUAAGUGCUUUCUGGGAAUUGUCUUGCCAGAGAACCUGAGCUGGACAAAGCAGCCUCGAUCUGAGUGAACUAACUGGCACCAUGAAACUAUCAGGUGUCUUUCUGCUCCUCUCUCUGGCUCUUUUCUGCUUUUUCUCAGGUGUCUUCGGUCAAGGAGGACAGAUUGACUGUGGCGAGUUCCGUGACCCCAAAGUCUACUGCACUCGGGAAUCUAACCCCCACUGCGGCUCUGAUGGGCAGACAUAUGGCAAUAAAUGUGCCUUCUGCAAGGCGGCGGUGAAAAGUGGUGGAAAGAUUAACCUAAAGCAUCCUGGAAAAUGCUGAACGAGAGCCAGUGUUUUGUGCUGGCUCACUGGCUCCCUCAUCCUUCCUUUGUUGUUUCUGCUUAUACUU